UUUCGAUGAAAUCAAAGUCAAAACCCAUACAGAAAACCACGCCUAUAUAUAUACAGUACUCUCACACCCUUCGUGCUCUCCGCCUCCUUCUCUCUCUCUCUCUCCUCCCCCCUGCCAUUUCUUCCCCCCAGAAUCUCAGAUCUCUCUCUCUCUCUCUCUCUCUCUCUCUAGAAUCUCCGUUGCUCAUUCCAAUGGCUUUCGUGGCUCGAUCGUCGAUGUCCAUGACCUCUAUCUCAUGCUCGUUGAAACAAAACCAGGGACCCACCAGGAUCUCUGGGCUGAAUUCGGUGUCUCUUUCUAGCAAUGGUAAAUGCUUUCCAUCACUAAGGUCUCGCUCUGUACCACAUCGCUUUCAGAUUUCUUGUGCGGCCAAGCCGGCGACAGUAGACCAAGUGUGUGAAAUAGUGAGGAAACAAUUGGCACUUCCAGCUGAAACUGCAGUCACCGGAGACUCAAAGUUCACAGCACUUGGGGCUGACUCUCUUGACACGGUGGAGAUUGUAAUGGGACUGGAGGAGGCAUUUGGGAUAAGCGUGGAAGAAGAGAGUGCCCAGAGCAUUCUUACCGUUCAAGAUGCAGCUGAGAUGAUUGACAGGCUCAUCGAAGCGAAGUAAUAACUUGGUGGGGGACGAGCCAUAUAGUUUUCUCUUGGUUCUUCUUUACCUGUUUAUUUCAUCACGACAUUGGCAUCCUUUCACUCCAAUGCAUUAGACUUUCAAGUGUGCUUGUGUGAAAAGUUAAUUUACAAGGGUUUUUUCCCUGUGCCAAUUUUUAUGUUUUGUCUAAAGGUACUCCUUAUGCCUCGUACUCUUAUCUCAGACUCGAUUUGAGCCUAUUUUAAUACUCUUAUGUAUUAGAACUAUAAUAAAUCUCGUUUUUCCCUGUG